AUGACCCAGGGGCUCUCCUUCAGAACGACCACCAGCCUCCCCUGGUGGUGGUCGAUCAUGACACUGCAUACAUCCCGAGCUCCAACCAACCAGCCUCUUGUCAGGACCUUUCCUCUCACAGCACCAACACAGACCACCUGUCAGGGGCAGUGUUUGACACCCUGGGGCUGGCAUCAAGAUCAGGGACAAUCCCUGCUCCUAGCCCCAGGAUUGAGAUCACUCCGUCCGGUGACUCUCUCAGCUCUCAGACCCUGGAGCUUAGCCCUGGCACCAAAGCUCCGGGGGCCUACAGGGAGUGUGUGAGUCCUGCCAGCAGUAACUCCUCCACUGGCUGGCCUGCAGAGGUAUACUCUCCUGGGACUUCUCCGUGUGUCUCUCCUUCUAACGGAGGCUGUGGCAUGGGGUUGUCAGCCUUAGACCUCUGUCCGGGCCUCCAGGGGAUCCACACUUCCUCUGCCCACUCCUCUCCUGGAGCCUCGCCUCGCAACAGCGUCACAGACGAGACCUAUCUCCUGCCCCAACACCAACCCACUGGCUCGUCGGCUCCCCACCAGCGCUCCCGGUCCGCCUCGCCGCACGGAAAGCGCUCCUAUGACCAGGCCUACUCCUGUCAAGGGGGCACUCCUGUCAAGCAGCGCUCCCGGAGCCCCAGCCCCAUCCCCUCGCCCCACGAGCAGCAGGGGUCCUACUACCCCGACCAAUACCAGGCUCAAGCUGAGUUCCAGCCCCAAACUCAGACCUCCUCCCUGGGCCUAGAGGAGAUGCUGAGCAGCCUCAGCUCCAGCAUACCCAGAGCAAUGCCUCCUGCAGUGGUGCGAGAUGUGCUUGGCCAGGCCCAGAGACAGGACUGUGUGUACGCAGAGGGGUAUGACUGGGCCAUUGAGCAGGAGAGGAUGGGCCAGGCAGGAGCCGAAGUCAAGCCCGAAACCUUCUUUAUGGUCCCGGCUGUGUGGCCACCUCAUCAUCGAGUCCACCACGGAGCAUUCACUGGCCUCUCUGUGGCUCCACUCCCGUCUUUAGAGUGGCCGUUGCCCAGUCAGUCUGAUCAGUAUGAGCUUGUUCUCCAGCAACAGCCCAGAUCUCACCACAGAGCCCACUAUGAGACCGAGGGCAGCCGCGGAGCUGUAAAGACGUCUAACGGAGGUCAUCCAGAAGUUCAGCUCCGAGGGUACCACGGCACAGCUCCGUUGGGGCUGCAGGUCUUCAUAGGAACAGCCGACGAGAGGCUCCUGAAACCCCACGCUUUCUACCAGGUCCACCGCAUCACUGGGAAGACCGUCACCACACCCAGCAUGGAGAGAAUGAUCAACGGGACAAAAGUGUUGGAGAUCCCUCUGGAGCCAAAGAACCACAUGAGAGUGGUGAUUGACUGUGUAGGAAUCCUGAAGCUGAGGAAUGCUGACAUUGAACUGAGGAACGGUGAGACGGAUAUUGGACGAAAAAACACGCGUGUGCGUCUGGUGUUUCGUGUCCACAUUCCUCAACCUGGAGGCCAGCUCGUGUCCCUUCAAGUGGCCUCUGAUCCUAUUGAAUGCUCCCAGCGCUCUGCUCAGGAGCUCCCUGCAGUCGAGAGGCAGGACCUGGAUCGAUGCUCUGUACUUGGUGGUCAACAAAUGGUCCUUACUGGACAGAAUUUCACAUCUGACUCCAAAGUGAUAUUCUCAGAGAAGACACAAGAUGGGCAGCAAAUCUGGGAGGUGGAAGCCACUGUGGACAGAGACAAGACACAAGCUAACAUGCUGUUUGUUGAGGUGCCUCCUUAUCGAGACCGGACCAUUACCCACCCGGCCAAAGUCAACUUCUACGUCAUCAACGGGAAGAAGAAACGUAGUCAGCCUCAGCACUUCAUCUACACUCCCGGGAUAGCCAUUAAAGCAGAACCACUGGAUGACUACCAGGUGAAUUCGUACGGCUACUCAGACAAUCAGUUCCUGUCUGGCAUGUCAAAAAAGUCCCUCUACCAUCACCUGGAGCAAGACAGCAACCUUCACACCUUGAAUAUAUCUCCAACACUGUACCAUCUAACCACUGUAGACCCCAGAGCCCAUGUGUUAACCCCUGAUCCACUGGACGACCAAGUUUACUACCAGUCCACUCUGAUCAACAGCCCCAUGCUGUACCACACUGCAAACCAACAUUACAGCAACUGCGGUACCGCCCUCCUCGGUGGUUCCCCAAUGGCUUCCCACCCUGCCUCCACUCCACAGUGUGUCAGUACCAGAGCCCCCGUUGGCAAACUGGGCGAAGGUCCUCAUGUUGGUGAGUCCUUUGAGGCCUGCUUGGUGUCAAGACAUCAGAGUUUUGUGCAGACAGCGCUGCCGCUAGGAAAGUCACCACCGUCAAGAUACAUCCACGGUCAAGCUCAAGCGAAGGCCGGAAGCCGAGUGGAGCCGGGCGGCCAGCCUUUGAUCCAGAUCGGCUCUGGAAGAGGAAACCAUGAGGAACGAGCCACGGAGAGGGUCGCCGUCAAACAAGAGAACCUCCGCUAUGCUUACCUGGAGGAUGUGAAUGACAUCAUAAGAAGAGACCUGAAAGGCCACAACGGAGAGUGAUUCUGGACGCCUGCAGCAGCCCUGAUGUCCAUCAGAUUUAACGUUUAAGCAGUGAGCACAAAAUGUGGACUUCAGGAACUAUAAAUGUAAAAUUCUGAUUGUCUCGAAGGAAGCUUGUACUUUUUUUGCAAUGAAGAAAUAUAAAGCGGAUUGACAUUUAAGGAAAACAAUAGAAACUGAUCCAUUAUGGAUGUUGACUUUAUUUCAGGGUAACAUCAUGUUUGUGUUGAGAUAGGAAAAGAGUCACGGGUUUAUUGGGUAAUAUUCACUUUCCAAACUAAUUUCCAAUUAAAAAAACAGGUCAGCUCUUUGUUAGCCUUUAAUAUUGCCGCAAUUAUUAUUAUGAUUCAUACCUUUUACUGUGUAUCUAGUGUUUCUUUUAUUAUUAUUUUAACAUGUUUGACUUCUAUCUGUUCAUAUAUUUGUACAA